AUGUUUAGGAAUGAACUAAAACCAACGGAUAUUCCACUAGAAUUGAUAGAAAGGGACAGUGGUAAUUAUGAUGUCUUGCCCGACGACAACAAUGAAGACAACAUCAGUAAUUAUGAUGUCAUACCCAACGAUAAUAAUGACAACACCGAUCAUUAUGAUGUAUUGCCCGACGACGUCCAUGACGACUUUAUCGUUCCGUAUGCAGUCGUCCAUUUGGACAAUACAGAGCGUGAGGCGACACCAAUGUACACAUCUCACCAGCCACAUAUAACAGAUGAUUAUCUGUACACUGGUUUGCGAGAAUCCAGCUACAUGAUCCCAGCGUCAUCGUAUGCAUUGGGCCGGAUAUGUGAGAGCGAGACUUCAGUUCAGACACAUUCUGCAAUGGCCGAAGAACUAGACAAUGCCGCUACAUCGGAGACAAAGAACAAGGCGUCUGAAGAACUGAUAAAUUCCACUAAAGAAAUAACAACUAAUGCAAGCGCCGAAAAACUGUUUGAUUACGUUGAAAAUGAGGACAACUUUGAAGCGGAGACAGAUUACACCGGCGCCAAACAGGAGAAAAAUUAUGAAAGUGGCGCAACAAAUUACACAGACUUUGUAUUUUGGGAGAAUGACACUCAAGGGGAGAAAAACAAAUCUUCCGGAAUCAAGGAGUACGUUUUCGUAUUAAAAUAGGGAACACAUAAAGACAUUUUUUUUCCGAAUAGGAAUAUUUUCAUGUUGUUUUAACAUAUGCAGUCAAUUAUUCAAUUCCUCAAAGCAAAUUUACAUGUUUGUGUAGCAAAUAUAGAUAUUUACCACCAUUUACGAACCUUGUCGAAAUAAACGACCUAUAAAUAAACCUCAUGAUUUCAGAAAUUCUUGGAUAUAGUUGCCAUGCACAUAAUAACGACGUAUUGUUGUUUAUUAACAUAACGUAAAUUGUCAUUAAUGGUGUUCCUUCUUUGAUUUAUUGGUGUUUUUUCUUUAUUUGGGGAUACCGCUGUGUGUUGUUGUUGUUAAUAAAACAAAGAACGAUUAUUUUAAGAAUAGUGUACGAGAAAAGAUUGCUGGGUAUAAAUGUCGAAUACAGAUUCGUUUAUUUGCUCGGCACGCAUGCGUCUACCAAUACCCAGGCUUAUUGUUCAUGUUUUUUGUAAGCAUCGCUAAUUAUACUUAUGUGAACUGAUUUCCUUAAACGAUUUGAGGAACAUUGUUACGAGUAGUUAACGAACCUCUUUUUCGAUUCCUCGGGGCUUCCUUAAUACACUAUGACGUGAGUGGACGAUCACUGGUUUAACUUGUAAAUAUUAUGCUCUUCAAAAAAUAAACAAACACUACUCUUUCAAAAAAAGUUGAUGAACCCCAACAGGUACUAAAGAAAGUUAAUUCAUUUGAUAAUGCAGUUGGGGAUUUUGACACACAGUAUCAUGAUAUUUGCCGAUAACAUCAGCAAUAAGAGCCCUAUGAAUACACAAAAUGCGAUCUCACGAAUAUUUAAGAAGAACAACACAUCAGAUUUGAGAUGUUCAUAUUUCACAAGUAUCAAAGUUAAUAAUGUGUUGAAAAUAUUAAAGUAUGUUGAACACAACAAUUUCAAAAUGCAAUGGUAUUCUUUCUA